AUGGCUUCACAUAUCAAGGUUUACAAUCAAAAACGAAAUGCUUUGAAUCGGCAAAUCAAGGCUCUUUCUGACGCGAUAGAGCAGGGUACCGUAGAUCGUACAAACGCUGUCCUCCGUUUGCAGAGAGUGACCGAUCUUUUUCAUGCGCAUGAAGAAUUACACGACGUGAUAGAAAUGGAAGAUCCCACAAACAAAGCACUAGAACGUAUGACAGUUUUAUCAAACGAUUAUUACGCGCUCGCGUCUCGAGUUGCAUCGAUACCCAAUCCUAACGGGUCAGUACCCGACGCUUCAACGGGACGAGAUAUACCUACGGCAUCUUCCACUUUUUUAGAAAAACAGCGUCAACUAAAGUUGCCAGUGGCUGAUAUUCCGAAAUUCGAUGGAAACUGUGAUCAAUGGAUCACUUUCAAAAAUUCAUUCGAAUCGAUGGUAGCUACGCGCACGGAUAUUGACGAUUUAGUUAAGUUUUUAUACUUACGUGAUGCAUUACAAAAGGAAGCUGCGAGCAAGAUAGCUAUUUUUAGCGCUACGGCUGAGAAUUAUAAAAAGGCGUGGAAGUCGCUCAUAGACGCUUAUGAUCGCAAGCGUAUUCUUAUCGCUAGGCAUGUAGAUGCUCUUCUUGAUACACCGACCAUAGGCAUCGCAACCGCAACUAGUUUGUCGCGGCUCGUGGACGACACACGUCAGCGUUUAUCCGUUUUGAAAUCCAUAAAUUUCGAACCGGAUGAAAAAAUCGUAGUUCGAAUCUUAGAGCGCGCCCUACCGAUAGAUAUACGUGCAAAAUGGGAGGAAUCUCUUCAGCUCGACGAGUUUCCGACUCUGGACGAAUUCUUCAAGUUUAUCGAUUUAACUAUUUAUCGUCUUUCAACAAUGGAAACCGAAACUACGCGUAUUAAAAGGGAAAUAGAACAGAAGCGCGCAGGAGAAUCAGACACGGGCAAUACAAAAAGGCUCAAGAAGGACAGUGCGCGCCUUUUGAUGACUGCUGCCACAACGAAGCCCUGUUUACGAUGUGGAGAUUCACAUUAUUUAUACCGUUGCCCUGAAUACAACAAGGAUAGCAUCGGUGAUCGAUGGGCAUUUAUAGAAGAGAAAAAACUUUGUCGCAACUGCCUGCGUAAACAUGAAGGCACAUGUAAUUCAGGCAAAUGCAAAAAAUGCAAUCAAACCCAUCACACAUCUCUGCACCGUAACGAGCAGCCUACGCCUACCAUUCCGCAGGCAUGA